AUGGAUUCUGUAUUUUCAGGAGUAUCGAAUUGGUUGUCGUGCGGAUCAAAUGUAGUAGAUCGAUGGUUUUUCGGAGAAGGAGAGGAUGAGACUAGUAGUAGUAGCAGCGGAGAAGAAGGAAACGUAUCGGAUGACUCUACAGGUACAAGUAGCAGCGAAUCAAACGAUGAAAGCAGCGGUGAUUCAAAGACAACAACAACAUCAAAUAGAAGAAAUAGAAAGAAAGCAUCAAAUGGAGGAGUAGGUGUAGUGUCACCGGGUGGUGUCAUACAGAGUGAGAGACUACCUCAGAUCUACAGUUGGGGAUACAAUUAUUUUGGUCAGUGUGCAAGCAACUCACAAUCGAUCAUUCAACUACCGACACGUGUCGAGCAACUCAUCAAUAUGCAGUUGCGUGUGUUGGCAAUGGCUAGUGGAGACAGUCACGUACUUGCUAUUGUGCAUCCGGGCAACCAGGUGUAUGCAUGGGGAUGUAAUAGAUGGGGACAGUUGGGAACGGGCGACCAAACAAACAGAGCGACUCCCACACCCAUUGCUAUCGCUACACCAACCGUGUUUACGUCCGUGUCUUGCGGUGCCCAACACUCUAUGGCUCUCUCCAACUAUGGCGAGUUGUAUAGCUGGGGAUGCGGUACGGGUGGACGAACUGGACACGGUUCUGAAGCUCCGUCACUCUCACCACAGGUCGUCUCGGCUUUGGUGGGCAAGCAAAUAACCAGCAUGGCCGGUGGAAUGUUGCAUUCGGCAGCAACAGACUUGCGCGGCAGCGUGUAUACGUGGGGAUGGAACAAGUACGGACAGCUCGGAAACAACACGGCAAAGAAGCACCUAUCCCCCAACAAACUAAGAGACAUGGAAAAGCAUCACGUCGUCAAGGUCACUUGUGGCAAGAAUCACACUCAUCUCUUGACUGCAGAGGGUCACAUCUACUCUUUUGGCUUCAAUGUCUGCGGACAAUUGGGUGUCGGUGGUUACGCCGAUUCUCAACAACCAAAAAAAGUAGAUCUCCCAGAACAUGCCGUAGACAUUGUAUCUGGUUAUUAUCAUACUCUAUGUCUUACAAAUAAAGGAAAUGUUUAUAGUUGGGGAUAUAUGAGUGAUGGAGCACUUGGAUUAGGUGAUAUUGCUGGUCACCAAAGCAAACCAAAGCUUAUUCCAUUGUCCCACAUUCGACAUAAUUAUUCAGAUUCAAUGGACUCUUAUAAUAGUAUUUAUGAAAGUGGUGGAGAGGGGACGAACCCGAGAUAUGCCAAAGGAGACGUGGCUGAAAAGAUUGCUGCUGGUGCAUGGAAUUCAGCCAUCAUUACAACGUCUGGCAAACUUUAUUGUUUUGGUUUUGGAGACAGCUAUCGAAUUGGAAACGGCACCAACACUGAAGACCAAGACAUCCCAUGUCAGGUCAAAAGCGAUGAAUGGGGUAUCGAGAAAUUAAUCCAAGUCGAGCCAAAGAGUAGUAUCGAUCAAAUAUUUAACUCUAUUAGCAUUAAUAAUACAGACAAAAAGAAAAGAUCAAAUGGAAAUAGUAAUAGUAAUAUAAUAACCGAUAGAAAUAAUCAUAAAACAAAAUCAUCUGAUGAUAGUAAUAAUAAUAAUAAUAAUAAUAAUAUUAGCAAUAAUAUUAAUAAUAAUAAUAAUAACCAAGAAUCUCCACAACAACAAAAUCCUCCUACUAAUAAUAAUAAUAUUAAUAAUACUACUGAUAUUAAUUUAAACAAUACUACCAAUACUCAUGUCAACAACAAUACCAAAAAUAUUAACCAAACUUCACAACAACAACAAACACCAUCGAUUAUUGUCAAGGCUGAAAUUAGAGUAACAAAUGUUUCCAUUGGUUCAGGCUUUACUUUUGCUAUUGUCAAAAAUUCACUCAAAGAAUACAGCCACUAG